AUGAUUAAACAACAGCAACAUAAGGCGCAAAGCGCCCAGGUCCUUCAGACCAUUACAUACGCCAUAUAUGCAUAUAAUUCAAAGACGGCAGAACAAACGCAAAGGUUGAAAUAUGGAGAUUUGGAGAUAGUAUUGAAAAAUGACCAUUUCGAAUUCGUUUGCAAAGGUGGUGCAGUGAUAUCAAAUAUAAAAGAAAUUUUAUUUAUGAAUUCUAAAAUUAAAGGUAUAACGGAUGAUAUAACAUCAAUUCCACCAGAAGAACAGAGAUAUUACGCAUUAAAUGCAUUUCCUAAAGUUUUGAAGAUUGGAAGAUUUAAUUUAAAUGAAGAAUUCAUAGAAGGUUUCCUAAAUGACAUAAUGAAGAAGGUGGAUAAGGAAUAUGUUGAUGAAAAAGAUAAUGAAAUUAAAGAAAAGGUUGAAGGGUAUCAUGAAUGGACAUUGGAGACUUUUAAAGUUAAAGCUGAUACAGAAUGGGUUUCAGGAUGUUUAGACCUUAAAGCAGAUAAAACUUAUGUUAAUACUGAGUUAAUGAAGAAAGCAGAUUUAGUUUAUGUAAAUACCGAGUUAAACAAGAAGGCAAAUUUAGUUUAUGUUGAUGAAAAAGAUAAUGAAAUUAAAGAAAAGGUUGAAUG